AUGGUUCGCUUCAGCACUGGUCUCUGCCUCUGGGUCAUCCCAGCGGCACUUGCGUCCCCCUUUGCUGGCAUAUCCCCUAAGAGACACCUUUCCCUGCAUUCCGUCAGUGAUGACGACUCCAUCAAGCACAGCGGAGGCCGUGGCCCAUACCUGGAUCGCGACAGCGUGGGCAUAGACCGCGACACACCAGCAGGAUGCUCCGUGGACCAAGUCAUCAUGAUCAAACGCCACGGGGAGCGCUACCCAGCAAAAUACGAAGCCAAGCCCAUCCUAGACGCUCUGCAAAAGGUGCGCAAAGCAACCAUCACCUCCGACAGCGGCGACCUCGCCUUCGUCCGUAACUGGGAGUACUACGUCCCCGACGAUUGCUACGAUGUGGAGACCACAACAGGCUCCCAUGCCGGCCUCCUGGACGCUUACAACCACGGCAAAGAGUACCGCGAGCGGUACGGGGGUCUCUGGGAUGGGGAGAACGUCCUGCCGCUGUUCGCGAGCGACUUGCAUCGAGUGAUUGACACGGCGCGGCACUUUGGCGAGGGCUUUUUCGGCACGGAAGAGUACUUGUCCAAGGCGGCGCUGAAUAUCAUCUCCGAGUCGACGGAUCGAGGCGCUGAUUCUCUGACGCCCAAGUGUCGUGGGAGUAAACCUGCCUCGGAGGAGAUUUGCCAUGGUUGGCCGCAUGAUCUGCCGCAGUUUCAUCCGGCUGCGGAGCGCUUGAAUGCUCAGUAUCCGGGGCUGGAUCUGGACUGGAAGGAUGUCCUUUGGCUGAUGGCUAUGGCCGCCUACGAGCUGAACGUGCGUGACCAUUCCGAGUGGAUCAAGGUGUUCACCAUGGACGAAUGGGUCAAUUUCGACUACGCGUGGGGGAUGAGUUUCUACUAUUGCUCUGGUCCCGGAAACGAGCACUCUCGCGCGGUAGGAGCCGUAUACGCCAAUGCCAGUCUCGCCAUGCUCAACGACGGCCCUGCAGCCGGGAGUCUCGUUUUCAACUUCGCCCACGAUGACAACAUCACCCCCAUAAUCAACGCCCUCGGCAUAGUCAACCCAGCACACGACCUCCCCGUAGACCAAAUUUCGUUCACGGACACCUGGCCACUCCCACAGCUCGUCCCCAUGGGCGGCCGGCUCACCAUCGAGCGCCUGCAAUGCGACGCCUCGGCUCUGGGCGCCGGGGGUCCCUACGUGCGUCUGGUGCUGAACGAGGCCGUCGUGCCCUUCCGCAACUGCGUGUCGGGCCCGGGCUACUCGUGUCCGCUGGGCAAUUAUACGGAGAUCUUGUCGAGUGGGUUGCCGGACUUUGCUGCCGAGUGCGCUGUUCCGCCGGAAGAGCCGCAGUAUUUGGACUUUUGGUGGAAGUAUAGUGGUUCUGGUGCUGCGAAUGAUUAUGUGUCGAAGGAGUUGCAGAAUUGCCAUCCUCUUGGGGCGUGA